AUGAGUUCUCCUGCAGUGUCUGCAACGUAUACUCUGCCAGGAGUAAUGCACUACCUGCAAACGGAGUUCACCAGAAAUGAACGGGAUCGUCUGGGCUGGGAGCUGGAAAGAAGCGAAAUGAAGACCCGUAUCGCGCAGCUUGAAGGCGAAAAUAGAACUCUCAGAUAUGAGCUGGCAAAAUUCAAGGACGCAGACAUUAGUGGGGGUAGGACUGCGGUCGAUGCCUCUAUUCAAGAGCCGCUCUUGUUGAAGUCCAAGCUCGCAGUUCAGGAAAAUGUUAAAGAAAUAGUUUAUCUUCUAAGGAGUCCCAAUGUUACAGAACAUCUCCAAGGCUUGCGUGAUUCUAGUGAUGCGGUGCAUAGACUUGAAAAUUUGAAUUUAAGUGCCAAGACUUCACAAACUUCAAGUCCUGUGAUACAACAGGGGUCCCUAACGCAAGCGGAGGUUAAUCUUCAGCGAGACCACGGCUCAACACAGCUGCGUCAAGCAGCCGUCGCUUCUUUUUCCCCGGAUGAACCAACUUUCCAACCUGUGCGUGUCGAUGCUGACGUAACAGAAGAUAGUUCUUACGAGGUAGGUUCGGAAUCAGGCACCAUCGUCCCUGAGCAAGCACCUGUACAUAGGCCAAGAGCCUCCUCUCUUUUCUCUUCUAGUCCUGGAAGUCCGGUAAUCAAUGCAGUUUUGCGUUGUAAGCGUCUGAGAUAUCACCUAGCUGGAAUUGAAAACCUCAUCAUUUCUCAAUACAACAUGCUUUCGUAUGCAAGAGACGGCCUAUUGAAACAUUGGAUGAUAGAGCCAAACUUGAAUUGCAAUGAAAAACUGACGAAGAGUUUCCACGGCCUUGGACCUAUGGUUUUGGACAUGUUUUGGCUAGAUAAUCAAACCUUUCUCACUAUAGAUAACUUUGGGUUAAAAGUUUGGCAAACCUCUGAGAGUGCCCCGCUCUCCACACUUGAUGUUUUCAACGACGAGUCUCUUGUCAGCUUUCCAGACAUACAAAGCGUCAAUUUCAAAAACAAGUGGUUGAUGCUAACGACCAAUAAUGCCGUCCAUAUUUGGGAGUUGUCGAUAAGUGCCGAAUCAAUCAAAAUUGUAAGCGAGAAUACACUGGACAAGCUGGGAGUGCUACUUGAUUCCAUCCUUGGUAUGACCGAAAAAUCAUUAAUAAUUUUCAAGCAGGACCCAUACGAACUUGUUAUCUACACGUUCCAGAACGAAGUUCUGCAAACGAUAAGUCUGCAGGACGACAUCACAGCAGCUUUUCAGGAUGUGAGUACUAUUGACGAUUCUUGUCGUCGCUUGUUGUUGAACAAGCGGAGCUCAAAGUUACUGAUCCAGCUAGGGGACUUCAUUGCAGUAUACUCUUUUGACCGUAGGAAAGUUGUUCUAGCCGCGCGUUUAGAAUUGAUUCCAACGAGCAUUGUGUUUCGCUCCACUAAAGACGAUGUAAUUCUGGCGUUUGAUGACGGCACCAUCGAAAUCAGGAAUGUAGCCAGUUUUUCAAAAGUCUUGAAAACUUACAAUCAUUAUGAUGACGAGACCGAAUACGAAGAUGAAAGUGUUCCAAAAUCAGAGAAGAAAUCCGACGAUAGCACACUCGCAAAACUGCGGCAAAGCGGGCACAAGGGAUUGAUCAUCGAUACCGCAGAUAUAGACUCUACCACCGUCAUCAUCUCCGGCGGGGAUGAUGGCAUGAUCAGAAUGGAGAGGAUCACAGAUAACACUUAA